AUGGACCCUUCAUCAUGUCCGCAGCUCAAGCGUGCCCUGCUCCGCCUCCCUCCUAGACCCUACACAGAUGCUCUGGUCCAAAACUUCCUCAACCAUGUAAACUUCCAUUACUACAUCAUUUAUCCGCCUUCCUUCCUGGAAGAAUACAAGACCUGGUGGUCGCUACGCUCAGAAAAUCGUCCGCUUAGUAUGCAGUGGACUUGUCUGCUGCUCAUGGUUUGUGCGUGCUCAACGCAGUACACCGAUAGUGACCUUGAGCGGAAACUCGAGAUUGAUCUCGGCCAGAGCGCCCAGCAGCUCACUGAGCAGUACCACAACGCCGGCCGUGAACUCCACGGCGCUAUUCCUGUCGGCAACAACCACCUACUGAAUGUCCAGUCGCUGUUGCAUUCAUGCUACUGGUACAAAUCAGAGGCGCGAUUUGUCGAAUGCUGGCAUGUUCUCAGCACCGCCAUCCGCGAGGCCCAGGAACUCGGCAUUCACAAGGAAACCGUUAGCGGUCAAAUGUCCGAGUUUGAUCGUGAGAUGCGAAGAAGGAUCUGGUGUAUCCUGGACACUUGGGAUUGGCAAAUAUCUGCUCUCCUAUCAAGACCGGUGCUGAUAGAUCGAACGGAUAUCGAUGUCGGCCUUCCUAGCCUCACCUUAGAAGGGUACACACCGUCCCCUUUGCAACACAUGAAACUCCAGUCAGAACUGAUUACUCAACUUUUCAACCGUUUUGGGCUACCCAAGGAUGUUUCUCAGCAUGGCGACGUCCGAGCAUAUCAAGUCAUUGUUGACAGAUGGAUGAACGCCUUUCCAUCGACCUACGCUUUCGUCGAUCCAGACACAAGCAACGACGCGUCGCGGCCGUGGAUUGUCCUGCAUCGGCAUUACCUUCACACUAUGGCCAUGUCCAUGAUGCUCGACCCUAUUCGAGCCUACCUAGCCAGACCAAUGUCCAAACAAUCGCCACCCGACGAAGUCAAGAUUCGUGACGACGGCGUUGACUACUCGCUGCGGUUGUUGGACGCUUUACACGGCUUCUUUGGCCACGUUUAUCCCCGAGACGCCAAAUUCCACUUUGUGCUUUUCUGCAUUUUCGAUACAGCUGCUGUUCUGUGCUCUGCUCUUAUGCAUGACCAAGACUCGAGCCUUUCAAAGCGGGACGAUAUGCUGGUGGCUGUUGACAAGGCCUUGUCAAUGCUUAAGCGACUAAAUACGGUGACCAAAACCGCUAGAACCUCAUACAAAGUUUUGGCCAAGAUUGCUCAGAACAUUUCACGGCCUGGACAAGAAGUGAAAUCACCAAUCAUGCCUGCGAAAAAGCGACCAAAGGGCAAGGAGCUCGCACUGACACCCCCAUGUAUGAAUCAGACAGAGGUGGCGUUCGCAAGUGACCCUGGCUCUGUCGAUUCGCACGCCUCUUAUACAACUCCGCCCAGUGAUGCGCAUUUCUAUGGCGCUCCGGCAUCACAAUCCACGCCUCCUGGUCACUACUUCAAUGUUGACGAAUCCGCCGGAUGUGCCCCUCCGGUUCCUCCAACGUCGUCGGGCGCCGCAAUGUCCUCGUCAAAUACUCUGCAUUAUAAUGGAGCACCGCUGGAUUAUUCAACAUCAUAUGUCAACAUGACACCACCAACUGACGAGGCUUACCAUGCCAUAGACUAUGCGAAUUUCGGCGCUAUUACCGAACAAGAUCUGGGCGAGUUGGCGACGCUAUGGAAUUAUGAGAGCCUGAACCUAGACUUUAUAAAUCCCGGGUCGCACGCCGACAAACCUGGAAAUUCCUACCACGGCGAUUCUGGGACCAAGAAAGUCUGUCUAGUUGGGCAGACAAUUACUGAGAAGCUACAUGUCGCAGAGAGCGCAUAUAUUAAACAAAACUGA